AUGAGAGUAUCGCCGAAACAGAUACGCUUGGCCCACGCCGCCAGCCCUCAUCUUGCUCGGAUGCUUCGGGCAUGUGGCGGACUUGAGCACGCCCAACGAGAGUGGCAGUGGAUCAAAAACGAGCUUCCAAAACAUGAGUGGGCACAAGCAGCGUACCGACGAAGCCGCUACGAACCGUUACAGUAUAUUCUUGGCACACAACCAUUUGGCACGGUGGAAGUAAAAUGUCGUUCGGGAGUGCUUAUUCCGCGAUGGGAGACUGAAGAAUGGACAAUGAAGUUAGCAGACUUGAUUGAAGAAAACCUUCCUCGAGCCUCCAUCAUCGAUGGGUGUACCGGUACUGGAUGUGUGGCACUUUUGUUGAAAUCAAUGGUGCCCCAAUCGUCAGUACUGGCAUUUGACUUGUCGCCAUCUGCACUCUCGUUAGCCGAAGAAAAUUGCAACGAGUCAGGGGUUACUGUUUUCAAACACGAUGUGUUCACCCCGCUAGACCGGCCAGCAGACAUUUUGGUGGCUAACCCACCGUAUAUACCUCAAAUCGACAUGGAACGGUCGCAAUUUCAUCAGGGUCUCGAACGGCUGGUGCGAGAGUGGGAACCGCGAAUGGCUCUCGAAGGUGAUACUGAGUUUUACGAAGCAUUAAUAACCAACAUCGUCGAACCACUGAAGGCCCUGGCAUUUGUAUUUGAGGUAGGUUAUAAGCAUCAAUGCGAUUUUGUGAGACAGCGACUUCCUCAAUGGAAAGUGGUGGACUAUUACGAUAGCGCUGAUCGUAUCCGAUGUGUUGUUGGCUACCUACGUCAAUCCUCUUGGCUAGAAGCCAUUACAACGUCAAGUUAA